AUGACUAGCGAAAAGAGGUCCAGUGAAGGCGAUAGCGAAUCGUUAAAGAGACAAGAUGUGUCCGUAUCGAAAGGUGUGGCCCAUUUGAAACCAGAGUUUAUUGUAUACACUCAAGAGGUCGUCAGACCUAUAGUUUAUGAUGAAGAGCCUUCUUCAGAUCGUAUGUUGAACGAUAUUGGGUCUAACGAUAGUGGAAAAAAGCGUAAGAACAAGAAGAAGGGUCAGAAUAAGAACAGAGAUAAUCGUCAAGUUAAAGAAAUUAAUGCGCUAUGUCCUCGUUACAUCCAAGGCUCAGAAUCAGGUGAAAUUUGCAGUUUUGGUGAUCAAUGCAGGUUUGUGCACGAUAUCCCACUUUACCUUUCGACGAAGAAGCCUGAGAUCGAGUCGGAGAUCUUUGUAGAGUGUCCAGUUUACAAAUCCUUAGGUCGUUGUCCCAUGGGAUUCAAAUGUCGAUUCCUAUCAUCACAUAUGGAGGACUCAAAACUGAGGAAGGAAGAGUCUGAGUUGUGCUCGAAGUUGUGGGAAUUGAAUCAUGAGGUGAACCACAUCGAUGGUUCUGCUAAGCUUGAUCUUGUGAAGAGACGUUUCCCAUUUUCGAAGAGUGAGGAAGUCUUAGAGAUCAUCGAUGCGAUUCAGCAGGAGCACCGUGAUUUCACCGCUUCAAAAGAGGCGACAAAGAUAGAUGAGGAUAAGGCUCCACAAGUAGUUCAACGCGAGAAAGAGUUGCAAGCCAAGAGAGAGCGUCAGAGGGAUUUGUACAACAAGUACAAAGAUACUAGAUAUUUUGCAGGGGAAAAGAAGGCUUUGGAUCUGCACCGUAAGAAGAUCGUUUCGCCAUUGACCACCGUCGGUAACUUACCGUAUCGACGUUUGAUGCGCAAAUUGGGAGCCGAUGUCACAUAUUCCGAGAUGGCACUCAGCGUGCCACUAAUCCAAGGUACCAACUCCGAAUGGGCGUUGCCCAAAGCGCAUGUGAGCGAAUACCCCGGCUAUGGUGUUCAAAUAGCCUGUUCAAAAGCUUGGCAAGCUGCCAAGGCCGCCGAAGCGCUGGCUGAGCACUCAAGCGGUCACAUCAGUGAGAUCAAUUUGAACUCUGGGUGUCCGAUCGACUUAUUGUACAGACAAGGUUCCGGUAGUGCAUUGUUGGACAACCCUGCACGGAUGAUCCGCUGCCUCAACGCUAUGAAUUACGUCUCUGGGGAAAUCCCAGUGACUGUCAAGAUCCGUACAGGCACAAAAGAUGAACAUCCAAUCGCUGAAGGGCUAGUGAAAAGACUAGUCAACGAGACCGAUGUAGCCGCGAUCACCUUACAUGGGCGUUCAAGACAACAACGUUACACCAAGCUAGCCGACUGGGACUACAUUUCAAAAGUCGCAACCACUUUACGCCAGUGCGAAGAGGAAGCUGAACGUGAACGUAGGAUCCAGUUUGUAGGCAACGGUGAUGUAAACAACUUCGAGGAUUGGUACGCACAUGUGAAUUCUAAUGAGGCGAUCGAUAGUGUAAUGGUUGCCCGUGGAGCACUGAUCAAGCCUUGGAUUUUCGAAGAAGUGGACGCACAACAGCAUCUGGACAAGACAAGUAGUGAAAGAUUGGAUAUCCUCAAGGAUUACGCGCAGUUCGCAAUGGAACAUUGGGGCACAGAUGAAUACGGUAUUUCACAAUGCCGUAGAUUCUUCUGUGAAUUCAUGUCUUUCUUCCAUCGCUAUAUACCGAUGGGCAUAUGUGAGCGUUUUCCCGUAGCGCUAAACGAAAGACCACCAAACUGGCGCGGUCGUGAUGAGUUGGAAACCCAAUUGGGGAGCACAAACGUCGAAGAUUGGAUCAAGCUAAGUGAGUUGUUCUUUGGCAAAACUGAUGAAAACUUUGUAUUCAUGCCCAAGCAUAAAAGCAACUCAUAUACGAAUACAUAG